AUGUCCUCUAUCUGGAAGAACUACUUCGGCCAAGAUGAGGUCGCCUCCUCAGGUGCCACCCCACCGAAUGACGAGUCUUUGCCUGCCAACUGGUACACCUCUCCCGAGAUGUGGGAGCUAGAGCGCCGUGCGAUCUUUUCCCGCAAGUGGAUGUUGAUCACCCACAAGAUGCGCCUCCCCAGCACCGGUGACUACUUGGUCUAUAAUAUUGCGGGGUACCCUUUUAUUCUAGUCCGCGACAAAGAUGGCGGUUUCAAUGCUUUCCACAACGUUUGCCGACACCGUGCUUUUCCUGUGGUGACUGAGCAGGAGGGCAAGGCCAGAAUCUUCGCCUGCAAGUACCACGGCUGGUCGUAUGGUCUCAAUGGCAAACUUGCCAAGGCUCCUGGCUAUCAGGAUCUCGAUGGAUUUGACAAGAACAAGAAUGGCCUGUUCCAGAUCCAUGUCCAUGUUGAUAAUAAUGGAUUCAUAUGGGUCAACUUGGACGCCCAGGAAAAGCCCGAGAUUGCGUGGGAAAGUGAUUUCAGCAAGGUUGAUUUGCAGGGGCACUUCAGUGGCAUCAACUGGGACGAGUACAACUUCGACCACACCUGGGACUUGGAGGGAGAGUACAACUGGAAGAUUCUUGCCGGCGACUAUACCGAACGCUACCACCCAGAUACUUCCGACAAUGUCGCUACCUCCACCCCAGACCAAAUUACCCGUGACUUGCGGAUUGCCAGCACUUAUUACUUUCCCAACGCUUCUAUGACUGUUUCCCCCCACCUUUUCGUCAUGCAGAGACUUGUGCCGACCUCUGCCACCAAAAGCACGAUGCGGUAUGAGGUUUACCGCAACAAGAACUCUAGCGACGAAGAUUUUGAGUUGAUCAGCCAAACAUACAAGCGGAUCAUGUCUGAGGACAAGGACCUGUGCAUAAACAUCCAAAGCAACCUGGGUACUCAUAUGGAGAAGGGAUCCCUCCACCUCCAGACAGUUGUGCGCGAGCUUGUUAUGGAGCACUACAAGAAGGAGCAGGAAGCAGGUCGUGAGAUCUGGCCAACUCGCCAAACACUUCCGACCACCGCCACCACCAGUGAGGAGGACAUGACCUUCUGCAACAAGCUAGAUGCUCAGGCCAAGGGGUCAACAGCGGCCGGCGGUUGCUGUGGUGGUUCAGGCUGCCAACCUAAUGCAACACUUGUCUUUUAA